CGCGCACUAAAUACAAACGAAUACGAAUUUGUUUAAAGCAUAUUCAAAAAGAUAAGUUUUACCGUAAUUUUACUAACGACGCCACUAAAAUGGCGGAUCACAAGUAUAGGCUCUUCAAUGCGGUCGAUCCGAGCAAAGUAAAAGUUCCCUUUAAUCAAAAAUUUGCCAAUUUGACGCUAUCCUCUCAUAAAAAACGACAACAGGUAUCCUUUGUGCCCAAGGAACAGCAAGAGAUAAGAAAUCUUCGGGGAAAAGGUCAACAGGAAGCCAUGCGCGGAAAUAUGGGUCCGUCUGCUGGAGAAAAUUCGGAGGUUACGCAUUCAGAUCUCAAUGGGUCCGAUUAUAUGGACGCCCUGCAGCUGAGCGCCGAUGGCUGCAGCCAGGAUGUGGGCGAUGUUGAACAUCUGUCCGCAGCCAUUAGCAAUUUGACAAUGCAGACUACGGAGCAACAGCAGCCAUCUAAUCCGGAGGUCUCCAUUUGUAUUUCUUCUACCACGGAAGAGAACGAUAUCGGCGACGAUGACGAUGACGACGCCUCCUGCAUUACUAUAUCAGAUUCCAGCGAGGACGAAAAUGAACCCGUUCCUCCCGAUAGCAUGGCAGUUAGCGAUAGGAUAACCGUGACCGAUGCUGAUCAAGAGGUCAUACCACCGCCUAUGCUCACAACCGAUAAAGUGCAGCGCAUACAGGCCUUUCUGCGCGAUGUAUCCAUUGAGCGACAUGAGAUUGAGCGGAAUGGCCCCCCAACAUUAUCCCCUUCCUCAUUUACCAAACGACAGUCUCGGCUAGCCGAGGCCGAAACUGAAUCAAUGUCCUUCACCGACGACGACUGGAAGCCACCGGUUACCAGACCGAUUGACAGCAGUAAACGACUGGCUGACGACGAGACGCAAGUAGAUACCAUCUGCUCGACAAAUGUCACUCGCUUGGACAGUAGCAAGCGUCUAGCGGAUGACGAAACGCAAGCUAAUACCUUGGGAUCAGAUGAUUGGGAGCCCAGUAACAGUAGCAAGCGACUGGCAGACAAUGACACAGAAAUCAACACUCUAUGUUCCGAUAACUCUUGUAGCCAUAAUUCUACGAUCCAUGAAGAACAGCCUGUUCCAACGGAUUCCAUUGAAAUACCGGAAACUUGCAGCGAGGGCGAGCCCACGCCGCAAAAACGCAGUUCAGGUUCCUCUAUAUCGGGCGAGGAUGAGCUUGGACCCAUUCAAGUAAGCAGUAUUAAUAUCUCAGCUAAGAUCAACAUCAAGAUCAGUAUUCCAACAAUGGAGUCAAGUGAGGACGACGAAGAACAGUACCCUUCUCCCAGGGCCACGAAGUCCCUGCCUAGUUCAGAGGAGGUGCAGCACCAAGAACAUCAGCAGCAGGAUCCUCAGAAAUCCCUUCACCAAAGAUCUAUGCUGUCCACGGGCGAUGCUUCCGAGGAUGAGCAGUUUCUCACUCACGCCGAGAAGUUGCUGAAUCAAUUGUAUGGCAAGUCUUGGCAAACGCCGGACGUGAUCCGCACUCUUAAGCGCUCCAGUGGCAGUGGCGGUAAGACAGCUCCCCUAAGGCCCAGGAAUAUUCCCACGGCGGCAACUACCGCUAAAAAGAACAAACCGCGUCCUCCACCCGUUAGGCCAGACGAAAGUGUCCUUGGGGAUUUCAGCCUAUUUACUCGAGCUCUGCGUACAACUCAGACUCCUUUAAAUUCCACUCGAUUGCCACCUAUGCGAGCUGUCCAGACGGAGAGGCGUCCACGGAGCCAAAAUCCAGUGACACGCCCACGCACCAAUCAUGUGGACGAGGAUCGCUGGCGGAAGCUUAUAGACUCCGACAGCGGUACAGAUGCCUCUGACGACGAGGAUGCGGAUGCAACAUACAGCGAUAAUGACAGUGACAGCACCAGCAAUUCGGACAAUCAUAAGGGCGGCGAGAUUACAUACCUAGACUUGACAAAGGACGAAGUGGAGGUGAUCAGCAAUCCCGAUGAAGAUUCGCAGUCACCCAAACUCCACCGACGUUUGGACGACAUACUACGAUCUUGCCGUGCCAACAUUAAAAAGAAACUCCCUUCAACACCUGCACCCCAAGCCACCACUCGUCGCCAACUCUUUACACCGAACGCUGGUUUCGAAGACGAAAACGAGGCUAUAGCAAUAGUAGACAAGGCAUUGGACCUGGACAUGCUGGAUGAAUUGGAGAGCGACUACAUGCCAGGAACCCCAGUCCAUAAGCGUCUUCAAGAAGUAAAAAAGAAGUUGGGCAUUGUGCAAGAAGUUCAGGUUACACCAAUGCAAAGCCCAAUUCUCAAAUUGCUCACUCCUCAAACGGCGCCAAGCAAAGCCCCUGCCCGACCCAAAACCACCGCCACACCGAGAUCUAUUAUCCGCAAGCCCAAAAAGCAGAUCGAGCUCGCACCAAUUAUUAAUGGCGGUAGAUGCGGCUUCCUAAAAUCUCUUGAGGCGCAAGUGAGCCGGGAUUGUGCGGACAAAGAAGCUAUUUUCUAUCGUGAGAACUUUGCCAAGAAGAAGGAGCAGCUGGCCCACCAUCUAUUUCAGUUGUAUAACACCAAGGUGUUUAACUCUGAAUUAGAUGUGCCCAUAACCUGGUCAAAAUUGCUGCGCAAUACAGCCGGGCGAUGCAGCAAUAAGCGCCAAGGUACCAAGUACAUGAGCGCGAUAGAACUGAGCCUCAAAGUGCUGACCACAGCGGAUCGCCUACGUUGCACUUUGAUACAUGAAAUGUGUCAUGCUGCGGCAUGGAUUUUCAAUAAAGCUAGUGGACACGGACGGGAAUGGAAGAUGUGGGCUCAACGAGCAAAUGAUAUGUUCCCCGAUCUGCCAAAGAUAGGAGUAUGCCAUAACUAUAACAUCGAUUUCAAGUAUACAUAUAAGUGUCUUAGUUGCAACAUUGCUUCGCAUGCUCACUCACGGUCACGCAAGGUGGAGAAAAUACGGUGUAGUAUCUGUCGUGGGCCCAUCACCCUGUUCCUUAAUAAAAAGGACAAGCAAGGAAACACCGUGUGCACACCGGUCGGCGAGGCAAAGGGAUUCGCUAAGUUUGUCAAGGAUAACUUCCAGAAGUACAAGCAAGACAACAUGAAAGCCGACCAGGUCAUGCGUAUUUUAAGCGUAGAGUACGCCAAGCAGAAAAAUAAAGGAACGGGAGAGAACGCGGCGUCGAUCGCCACUCAGGUGGAAACGAUGGUCCUUAAUGAUUAGCAUACAAAUUUGUCUAAAAUUAUUUUAAAUAUUUUUGUAUAUAACAACCUUUAAGAUUGUGUGAAGACUUGAAUAUAUUUAUAGACGUG